UCUCCAAGCUCAUCUCUCUCUCUCUCUCUCUCUCUCUCUCUCUCUCUCUCUCUCUCUCUGGUAUUGAUAAUUUUGAUGAUGCUCUGAGACGCCAUGGCGAGUGACGAUGAAACCUCACAUACAUCGGAUAUGGGAAAUGAAGAAGAUGAAGAGGAAGAAGAAGAGGAGGAAAUAGGGUCAUAUGGGUGUAAAGACAUGUUGAUGUUAGGCGCAUGCGGGCCUGGUAGUCGCAGAACGAGGAGAAGUGAGAGUGGAGGAAGAUGGUUUCUAGGGAAAGUAUUGAACCCACGAGCCAAGUGGGUUCAGGAAUGGAACCGUGUCUUCCUAUUGGUCUGCGCAGCAGGACUCUUCGUCGACCCACUCUUCUUCUACGCACUCUCCAUAAGCGACACCUGCAUGUGCCUCUUCGUAGAUGGAUGGUUCGCCAUAACCGUCACUGUACUUCGUUGCAUGACCGACGCCUUACACGUCUGGAACAUGUGGCUUCAGUUCAAAAUGGCCAAAUUACGUCACUCCUCUUCCUCUCACUACAACAACAUCACCGGAGAAUAUGAUGACGUAGGACGAGGAGGAGAAGGAGAUGCAGAAGACAGCCUUCCGCACCGCUCCUCCACCACCACCACCACCACCACCGCCACCGCCACCGCUCCCGCUCGUUCUAUAGCAUUCCGAUACCUCAAGGCCAAGAAAGGUUUCUUCUUCGAUCUCUUCGUUAUUCUCCCUUUACCCCAGGUUGUGCUAUGGAUAGCGAUUCCUUCACUGCUAGAGAGAGGAUCAACGACGUUUGUGAUGACGGUGUUGUUGAUAAUAUUUCUAUUUCAAUACCUUCCUAAGAUUUGGCACUCCGUCUGCCUCUUACGUCGAAUGCAGAGCCUUUCUGGUUAUAUCUUCGGCACUGUUUGGUGGAGCAUUGCCCUCAACCUCAUGGCCUACUUCGUUGCAUCCCAUGCGGCCGGUGCAUGUUGGUAUUUGCUAGGCCUCCAAAGAGCUUCCAAGUGCCUGAAAGAACAAUGCAAUAUCACUCCGGGCUGUGGAUUGAGGACAUUAGCAUGUGAAAAACCCAUCUACUAUGGAACCGGCAUGGUGAGAGACCAUCAGAGAUUGGCUUGGGGAGAGAACAAACAUGUUAGGUCUACGUGCAUUGAGAACGCUGAUAAUUUUGACUAUGGAGCUUACAAAUGGACUGUCCAAUUGGUCACAAAUGACAGUCGUUUGGAGAAAAUACUUUUUCCCAUCUUCUGGGGCCUAAUGACCCUCAGUACAUUUGGAAACCUGGAGAGCACAACUGAAUGGCUGGAAGUUCUUUUCAACAUCAUCAUCCUAACAAGUGGCCUCCUUCUAGUGACCAUGUUGAUUGGAAAUAUCAAGGUUUUCUUACAUGCAACGACAUCAAAGAAGCAAGCAAUGCAAAUGAAGAUGAGGAAUGUAGAGUGGUGGAUGAAGCGGAGACGCUUGCCACAGGGAUUCCGGCAGAGGGUACGUCAAUAUGAGCGACAAUGCUGGGCGGCGAUGCGAGGAGUUGAUGAAUGUGAAAUGAUCCGAAACCUCCCUGAGGGUCUAAGGAGGGACAUCAAAUAUCAUCUCUGUCUUGACCUAGUGCGGCAGGUACCGUUAUUUCAACAUAUGGAUGAAUUGGUCCUAGAGAACAUAUGUGACCGUGUGAAGUCCCUCAUAUUCCCUAAGGGAGAAACGAUAACGAGAGAAGGUGAUCCAGUUCGAAGAAUGAUAUUUGUUGUCAGGGGACAUCUACAAAGCAGCCAAGUUCUAAGAGAUGGCGUGAAGAGUUGUUGCAUGCUAGGGCCGGGCAAUUUCAGUGGAGAUGAAUUGCUUUCAUGGUGCCUCAGAAGACCAUUUGUGGAACGUCUACCUCCUUCAUCAUCCACAUUAGUUACACUUGAGACAACAGAAGCAUUUGGACUUGAAGCUGAAGAUGUGAAAUAUGUGACACAACAUUUCCGAUACACAUUUGUUAAUGAGAAAGUGAGGAGAAGCGCAAGGUACUACUCUCCUGGAUGGAGAACUUGGGCAGCUGUGGCUAUUCAAUUAGCUUGGAGAAGGUACAGACACAGGUUAACACUUACGUCCUUAUCGUUUAUACGCCCAAGAAGGCCUCUAUCACGUUGUUCUUCCUUAGGGGAAGACAGACUUCGGCUUUAUACCGCUUUGUUGACAUCACCAAAACCCAACCAAGAUGAUUUCUCCUUCUGAGGUAUUCCAAUUACACUGGA